CGCAUAAAAGACGAGUCCGAAAACGUCUCCGGUUGCAAGGGUCCUAAUUCAGUCCUAGCACCUCACCAGAGGCAAGCGUUCUUGACUCCAAGCACGUUGGAAGACGCAUCGAGUCCACCGCACCGCUUCCGCGCCAAAAAACGCACGAAAACAGCAAUCAUGUCCCUCACAGACCUGCCUGAAGAGCUGGUGCCCCUAAUUGCAAAGUACUUGCCGCGCAACGAUCUGCUUGCGUUAAGACAGUGCAACAAGUCCUCGAGCGCUGCAGUGCAUCGCUCCAUACAAACCGACGACCGCUUCGCGAAGAUGAUCUUCGACGCGCUGGCCGAGCCGCGCAACAUCGAGGCGGAAGGAAGAAUCUUCGGCAGCGGGGCGAGAGAGCUCGUCAGCUUCUGCGCGGCCGACGCGGCCCUCCCCGCGCUGCAAUCUACCAUCACGGAAACGGCGGGAGGUCUCCAGAAAUUGUGCCUCUACCGCUGCGCCGUCACGGACGCGCGCCUCCUCGAGAUGUGCCGCGCGUGCCCGUUGCUGCAAACGCUCGUCUGCGUCAUCGACGUGCCGAACAUCGAGACGGCAGACGUCGAGGACCUGUCCACCAAGAUAUCGCAAGCGUGCCCGCUGCUCGAGGUCGUGAAGCUACCGUGCAACGGCAGCGCGGUCGAGGUCCGGGCCAGUGCGCAAAACAUCGCGUCGACGUCGCUUGUGCUCGAGAAUGAUUGUGAGAUUGUGAGGAAUUACAAACGCCCCCGCCACACUGGUUGAUUUCGCGCAGAGUUACGCGGCCGCGUUCCCGAACCUGCGCUGCCUCGAGUUCUUCAGCCACGGCCACGGGUCGCACGUCAUCCCGUCGCGCUUCGACCGCAUCGAGCGCGCGCUGCAUACCUGUACGAAUGCGGACCAGAUCGACUUGGACUUUUGCGUGGUGAGUCUGGCGCUCGUCGAGUGGCUCCUCGCGUCGCCGCUGCCCGGGCGGCUCGUGGCGCUAAGGAUGGGUAGGACGGCGAUCAGUCCGGACUUGAUCCUCGAACUUGUACGCGCCUGUCCGGCGCUGGUCGAGCUCGCCCUGCCGUCGCUGAUGUGCCUCGGUCGCCCCUUCUACGAGGCGCUACACGCGACGCGGCCGACGCUCGAGCGUAUCUCCCUCCCCCACUGCGGCAACGACGGCGACGAGUGCUUCCGGGUCCUGGCGAGCUUCGGCCUCGCGGAGCUCAACGUCGCGUCGAUGGACGCGCUCACGCCCGCCGUCGUCGACGUCGUGCUGAAGGGGAGGUGCGCGGCGAGUUUGCGAGCCGCGAAUCUGUCGUGCGUCCCGGCGCUCGGCGCCGCGGAAGUGCUCAAGCUCGUGAAGGGCUGCCCGGCUCUCAGGACGGUCGCGUGGGAACUGGCCGGCGAGGGCGGUGGCUGGGGCCGCGUGACGGCCGACGACGAAGGCAACCUGAGAGCCCUCAUCGCGCUCCUCGAGACUCGCGGCGGCGGCCUCGAGUCGUCGGAGUCCGGCGUCGGGCGGCUCCUCCACCCCGAGGACUAUUCUAGUGAGGAGGACUACGAGGACGAAGACGCGGACGACGCGUCGGGGGACACCACGGUAAGAUAGUACAAGUG